CUCUACGACCUUACACGCCUAGGUCCACCUGCAGCUUGCGCGCUAGGUAGUCACCUCAGUCAACGGGAAUUUCAUGCAGCACAAAGCAAAGUGGCGGGACGUUAUCGGAGGGGCUCUCGUCACACUGUGCGCCGAUACGCAUCAACGCAUCUAGAACCUCCCGUUGGCUUAGUGCGAAGACGACCAGUAGCAGCGCAACCAACCGCCAAACCAACGUUGUCCCCCAUCGCACAUCGAAGCAGACGCCCGAGUCGCCGGACGAAGGCGCUUUCAGACACCGUAUCAGCUUCGGUCUCUUGUAUUGCCGCCAGUCAGGUAUUCUUCAACAACCGCAACUCUACGGGCUUCCAUGGUUAUCCUCUUGUCGCCGUCCACUCCGCCGCCGCCGCCGCCGCCGCCAUUGUUGUCGCCAUCCUCCAUCCAUCUUCAUCCACCAUCGAGACAACCUCGCUAAACCUGACGCAUCGCCAUCGGCUCGGUCAAAACAGCACCGAAAACCACUCCCCUCAGUCCCGUUCUCGGCCGCCGGCGCCCGGCGAGCCCCCUCUACAGCGAUGUGGCGGGUAUUCCGACCUCGCGCUGGCAUAUCAAAUGCAAGCACUCUGGCUGUUCGCGCAGUCGCGCCACAAGUUCCCAGCCAACAAACAGUCAUCGUGCAGAGGGUCAAAUUGUCGAAACCUAGAUUUAGGGCUGGGUGUGUAUACAUUCUACAGACUGUGCCGGUGUGCUUUCUCUAAUUUUGAAUCUAGAACAUUUCUCAUCGGAGCAGGCAUCUCACUUGCUUGCUGGCACAUUUACUGGUCCACCGUUCUGAAUCCAUUCUUCCGACAUGUAGACCGAGAAUACGAGAAGCUUUCAGCGGCGGAGAAGAAGGCGCUUGACGAAGAAAUGGACGAGGAGGAGGCCGAGCCUUGGUUCAUUCCGUUCCCCUUCACGACUACAUCCGUCAGCCAACCGCCGUAUAAAGGCAGCGACCCCGAGUGGCAAGAGUUUAUCAAACUCAGCAAGCAGAAAGCGAUGCAGAAUCAAAUUCGCUCCGAUUUGGCCCACUGGGUAAAGCGCUCGGUCGAGAAGCAUCCGGUAAUCACAGCCAAGUGUGGUAACUCAGCAAAGCUUCGUAGAUACUGGUUGGACAUCGACUUCCCAUACCGUCCCCCGCCAGUGUUUUACUCUUCUGGAUUACUGCUACAAGGCGAUGGACUGUACUGGUCAACUCAACCCGUUGACUCUUUGACUGUCAAACGUCUGCAGAAGAUUCUUUGGCCGGAUGCAAUAGCCAUGUCAUCAUGGGCUUUUACAAGUGCGUUGGUAAAACAGCACUAUAUGGACAUCUCUCGAGCUCUUGGCUUCGAGUCGAGCAGACCAGUCCAAUCGUUCCCAUCAGUGAGCGGUGGCAACAUGCAACAAAAAGCUCAAGGGCCACUUCCGUCUGCCAACAGACAGACCCCUGAUGGCACGCCGGCGGAGAACGCAUCCCACAAUGUCAGCAAGACAACGGAUGCGCCACAAGCAGACGAGCCAGAGAGCGGUGGCAAGACCAACUUUGUCAGAGACACUGCCCUAUCCCACAUAGAGGGGAUGAAACAAAUAACAGACGGCCCUGCUAGAGAAUUCCGAAGAAAACUAGCGCAAUCUUGGAAGCUCACGCGACCGCAUCCUCCGCGUGGCUGCAUCCUCGUUUCGGGCUUCGUCGAAUGCGAGCUGCCCAAAGGCUUUGUAUUGAUCGACGUCUGGGGGUUCUGGAACCCCAAAACGGAGGUCUUUGAGGCCAAAUCGACCUUUAUGAAUGUACGGAGGGUACAGAUGAAGCAACAAGCACCUCGUCGGGGCUGA